CCGUACGCGGUACGGCCACUAUAGUAGUACAGCACUAGCACUCUCCAACUCAACUCCGGUUGAGUGUGACAGCAGGACUUCUUGGAACAUCUUUAAAAAAAAAAAAAAAAGCAGACAACAAAAUGGACCAAGAGACAGCGAUAAAGCCUUUCAAUGUAAUAAACCUAGCUUCAAAUGAUGAACUAGACCUGCAAGAAAAUAGAGAAUGCCAAAAGACAGUUCGUAACCCUUUCUGCAUGACACUGAAGACAUUUCCUGUACACAAACAUCCUCGCCUUGUACGUCAGCCGGGUAUGUCAUUCAAAACAAGGAGCGGUGGUAGUACGUUUAAUCCAAUUCCCACAUUAGAGUUUCUACGUGGCACACUACAACAUCUCAUCAACAAGGAUAUACAAAAAGUAUUUCAGCAAUAUGCCCCGUUCUUCCAAAUGGCAGUGGAGAAUAUCCAGGACAAUAAUGGAAAGGAUUCAGUAACUGAAGACCAUGUCUUGUCUGUCUUCAGGAAUAGUCUCGAAGAAGCAAAAGGCAUAUUUCAGCCACAAGGGAAAUGUGCGGUUGAGACUGAUCACAGUGCUGAGUACAAUGGUAUAAGCAAUGUUGGUAACAUGGUCAACUUCAAGUCCAAGGCUGCCAGCUGGCCAGAUGAUGAACCAGUAGCAAAGUAUGCUAAACAUGAGGAUGAUAAUGGAGAGGCACCUACCUUCUCUCUCAGACCUACCCCACAGAUACAGACGCGAAAGCGGAAAGGCCGGCCACCAUUGCAUCAUAGAGAUUACACAGAUGAGAUGCCACUGACUGGUGGCGGUGGUGGUUAUAAGGCCGCCAAACCAAAGGUAGAAAUUGUCAAGAAAGAGGGACCAAAAUGGGACCCAGCUCGACUUAUGAAGAAUACCAAGUUUGUUAUGGGGGCACGUGCUAACAAAGCUCUUGGACUUGGAAACACAAGAGGAAGGCUCUACAUCAAACACCCAGACCUCUUCAAAUAUUCUGGAGAUCAAGAUGACAAGCAGUGGUUAUAUGAACAUCAUCUUAUGCCAGCUACUGGAGGGAAGGCCUACAUGUUGCUACUAGAAGAUAUCAGGGAGUUGGCUAACACAGAAGAAUAUAGGGAUAACCAUUUGUUGGCCGUGACAGAGCUGAAGGAGUUUGAGGUACCAGAAUAUAUCCUGGACAAAAUCAAACAUUACAUGGAGGUCAACAGAACUGAUGGUGAUUUGUUAUCAUUGACAGCUGACAUCAAUGAAUAGCAGUCUCAGUAGCUUUGCUAUGUAUUAUAUCAUUGAUUGUACAGCAGCUUUUGGGUUAUUUCAUUUGUUUAUAUAUGUACAUUUAUUUAACUGUACCAACUGUGUGUAUAGAUAAAAUACAUAAAUACACAUGUUUAGAGGGCAUGAUGUAUUAUACAAAUAAUGAAUGCAAUGGCAAGAAUAAUUUCACGAGGUAAUGAGGCAAAGCUGAGUGGAAUGGAACAGCCAUCUGUCACCGAAUGAAAUUAUUGUUUCCAUUGAACGAAUGUGAAACAUUCAUUAUUUGUUUUAUACAAUUCCUAAAAAAAUCCUCCUCAUCUGAUUGGUAAUAGUGCGACUGUGGAAUGGAAAUUCUAUUUUUGCGGUGCAGCUGGACCAUGUGAUAGGACGAAUAUCUCAGAAAGAAUGUUGCUACCUGACGCCACUUCAGCGGUUGUGUACAGUUUAUGGAGAGUUAAGAGCAUUUUCUAAGUAUUUCCUUACAAAAUUAGAAAUGUUUCUCAGUCCCAGAUUCAUGUCUUAUCGUCAUUUUUGCAAUGACUGACCUUCAUCGAGAUGAUAUAUGAAGAAAAAAGCAGCGUCGGGUUGCAACAUUCUUUCCAAAAUUUCAACAACACGUGAUCAACAACCCAUUAAACAGAUGACAGGGAUUUAUUCAGGCGUUGUAUUAUGACAUAUAACUAUGGACAAAAUAUUCAUUGUGCUACUUUGUGACCAUCAGUAUGUGAUAGGAUAUGAUCUUCCAGCAAAAGCAGUGAUAUACGUUAUUGUUCAUGCAUAUUCAUAGCCAAUUAUUUACGUUUUUAAUGGCUACAACAAAUAUUCCUCCAACCGGAUUUUUUUUUAAAAAGACUGACAAAUUGGUGUGUGGACCUCACUGUAACUUUUAGCACCAGCAUUUCUGAAAUCCAACUCUUAAAGAACAGGGUCAUAUUUCACUUGUUUUUGCGAGUUAAUUAUUUUUGUUGGCACGUUUUAAAAUAAUCUUGCUGAUGCAUAUUUGCGUGCAUGUGUUGUAUAUACACUGUAUGUAUUUCCAUAAUUAUGUAACAGAUCAUGCUAGUUUAAUAGAUUGUAAAAUAAAGAUGAAGAUUGGAAUUUAA